CUCAUCAUCAUCAGAUCAAAGCCAGUGAUGUGUGGCUGUAGCUUCAUUUGUAUUUUGGGUAUACUGCCAUGCUGGUACUAUUUUACAAGCCCACUGCUGUAAAACUGUUGUCUGUGUAGCUUAGGAGGUAGAAGCCAUGGAGUCUGGUCCCAAACGUUGGAAGUGCAGUAAGGUAUUGUGCCUUGGUUGCAUCUCCAGUCACAUCCAUAGAACCCCUUCAGUUGCCAGGCACACCUUUUUUAACGGAGUUUUGCUGCUGGAUCUUUGGUAGGUGCCUCUCUAACACCUCAAAUUUACUCUGUACCACCAAGCCAGCUAUGAUAUGAUGUGCUCUCUCCUAGCGUGAAAUCCAGUUCUUCUCCUCCAUGCAGGUGCCCGCAGACAGCUGAAACCUCUCUGAGCUGCAGAGUCCAAGGGCUCUGUCUAUGUGAGCACCCCUGGGUGCACAGGGAGGGAAACAGAGUCACCAUCUCCUGGUGUUGGAGAAGAUGACUCACAUGGCAAAGCCCGGUGACUCUGCACUCCCCUCCCAGCCCGGAUAGUCUGGGAGAGAAAAUAACCCAUUCACUAAGGAUCUAAAUUUACUCAGCAGCUACAUCUAUUGGAGCUGUCAGAAGCUAAUCUUAGGCACUGAUAGAGCAACCUGCUAGAGGACAGCUCGUGGGAGAACGUUGCCCGUCUUUGCCUGAAGGUAUCCCCUUGGUUAUCACUGCUGUGAGAAGCCCAAAAGGGUCCUGUGGCCCAGGAGCACCAAAGUGCUGCUAUCAUGGCCAUGUCUCACUGCUCAGCCUUGUGUAGAAGACCCUCAGCUUCAGCAUAUGCCACUGGGGAAAGUAUCUACUCAAACCCUGUUAUUACCUGACUGAGAUAGCAAGAAAAGCAAUUUUUUACUACAAUUACAAAUCCAGAUGAGUAGUUCUACACUAGACACCUUUAUUAACCCGACACAGCUAUAAUUCUUGCACUUGCCUUUCUUGUUCUCAAAGUCUGUAUGGAAGAGAGCGAUCCUCCUACUUCUCAUCCGCUUAGGACAGCUUCCAUACAUUCCCACUCAUUCUCAUCCUGAGUGGGGUGACUGUUGCUCACUCGGAGACAACUGACUUAGUCCACUGGUCACUGGGUGCCACUCAUUCGCUGUAGUCCCAUUAGACCAGGCUCAGCUGGCUGAGAGAUACUCAGAGCCGCCCAUCUCACAGGUGUGAGUGCUGCCACAGGCCUUCGUGAGGGUGGCAUCCAUCUUUGCCGGGGGUAGGAGGCACUGGGAACAUUAAAGGAUAUCUAGGAUGAAUUCAUGAUUUAGGUGAAUGGAGAAAGAUGGACCUCAGUAGAGUCCUCCCAUCUCAGGCAACCGUCCAACUUGGGCGCAGUGAAUGGACUCCCAAAGGUGAAUCAGAUCCCUGUGGCCGUAGGGAGCCUGAACAACAGCCCCAGGGUGGGAGAGCCAAGACCAGGUGGAAUAACCAUGGUGUCUCUGAGGCAUUUCAGUCCUCUGGUGGUUCAUCUGGCUCUCCUUUCACCAAGCUCUACGAUAGAACUGGAUUCAUUUCAAAGCAAAAUGAAAGCUGGUAAAUCCCAUCUCGGCCACGUGGACCUGGAUGGAUUCAGAAAUAGGGCUGCUCCACACUUGGGCAGCGAGGUCUGGGUCUGGUUUCCCUGCCAAAGCAGGGCACAGUGGUGGAAGCAAUCAAAAUCCAGCUGCUCAUUUCUCAGAUGACAGCGGACCUUGUCCUGAGGGGAUCAUCUCUAUGAGUUUUCCAUCUCCGUGAAUGGUGGCAAACCGAUGACUUCUGCUGCUGGAGGAGCCUAUGCCAGAGUGAAAACUGGAUGGUAGAAAAGCCUAUCUGCAGUCAGUAUGAACCCUAAACAACAGCUCUCAGGCCCUGUUUGCUUGGAAAUAUCUCUGUUUUCCAUCAAUCCACCAACCUCUAAAGUGAUGAGACUUCCACACCAAGGUGGAUCAGUGGUUUCCUGCUCUCACUGAGCCACUGUUGCUCAUGGUAUUGAGUCCAUUGCUCAUCUCCUACCAGUGCCAGGGUGGGAUAUUCACCUGUGCCAGAGCCAGUGCCCAUUUCCGAUCACCCACACAGGCAAGGGACAAAUAUGAGUUCGUAUUUUCUAUAGGGGCUGCCAUGUUGGGUAGAUCUCACUGCAGUUAGAGGUGUCACCUUACGAUGAGCAGUGAGAGGAGACAGCAUCUCGUGAUGUGAGGAAUGUGGAAGCAAACCUGGGAGGGCAGCACCCACUGAGCAGCACGGUGAGAAGGAAAACAAGUCAGGGCUGAGGGAAGAUUAAAGGCAGAGGAGGAAAAUUCCAAACAAUAGCGUGACCACAUUGAAAAAGUGGAACACUAACACAGAGGGAAGGGAGAGGGGAGGAUGGGGUUGUCCAGCCCCUGGUAUCUGGGAGCAAAUGGAUAUUUCUGAUGGGUGACCCAGCUGAAAGAUCAGUGCUCAUCCUCGGAUCUUGUCUCUGAUCCUGAGCUGAUGAUGUGAGCUGAAAUCAGCACAUGAUUACGGCCCUGCUAUAUCGGUACAGCCUGGGAUGCUGCUGGAACCUCACCAGUACAGCCUCAUCUAGUGUCACCCCCUCCCUCAAUACUCAGAUAACCAUCAGGUCACAAAGCAUAUUUAUCAACACGCCCAUGCCGGAGUAAGGGGUUAUGUGGCUUUAAAUACACCAAGAAGAGUGCGGCUAAUGGCUUUGCAUAGAUCUAAUUAAUUCGUUAAUUAAAUCUGUGCCAUCUCUGAGUGUCAGAAAGCCCAAAGGGUCCAUAAUAAUGGAGAUAGAACAAACUCUUGUAGAAAUUUUACCAUAAUUAUAAAUAAUCAUGGUUACUCUGCUUACCCAUGUCUGCCCAAACCAAUUUGCUUCCUUGUGAGCUCCAUGGGGAGAGCUGGACCUGGAGCAGCCAUCUGAGGCCCCAUGAGGCUCUGUGAUGUCCAUGGACAUUCAAGCAGGAUGCAGGACCUGACAGAGCCCUCGGCUCUUCUGCAGCACCCACUGAAGGCCGGUCAGUUUGUCCCACUGUGUCUCUGAGCUUCAGCUUGAGGGUGGAAUCCCAGUAGACCUCAGCAGAAGACCCCAAAUUCACCAGUAGAUACCUGCAUCUAGGUGUCUCAGUCAGUGAGAUGAAGCUCACUGUUCUGUAUUUAGUUCUGCCUCAGAUACUUGUGCUUGAAUAACAUGGGGAAAAGAUUAAUUUAUUAGUGAUGAGGUGUCCAGAGACUGUGUGGGUGGGGCCAACGUACAUAUUGCAGACAAAGCAGAGCCAUCCCUCUCCCAAACUCCUGCAGUCUCCUCCUGUAGACAGGCUUUUAGUGACUGCCACCAUAGAUGGGUUCUUUAUUUGAAGGGACAAGAUGGACUCAGGGAUGCCACAACGCACGGACGCUCCCUUCUUGCAUCUUCCCAGCUUCGAUUCACGGCCUGUUUUUACCACCACAAAAGAUUUAGCAGUUUGGGAAGGUUCUGCUCAGCUGUGUCAGAGGUCUCGUCCCUCCCAUUCAUGACCCAGAAGGCAGAUUAGGGUGUUUGAUUCAUCCGGAGGAUGUUUCCCAAGGGUGGUGGAGGGGUCAUAGGGUUGCCCACGUCCUUCCAUCGUGGGACGCGGUGACUCAUCGGCUGACAGACGGUUCCUGAAGCAUCGAGGCUGCAAGUACAGCUGUUCCCCCAGCCCCCUCCCUUCCCCCUUGUCCAGUGUGUCAUAUUAAAGGGUGAUCGGCUUACACAUGCUCCAAAAUGGAUUCCUUAAGCUUUGUAACGCGGUGGCUAUAUAUAAAGCCCUACGCUGGAGGCUGAAGUACACAGACAGCUGCGAUAGUAGCGAGCGUUUCACAUUCCCAGUGUGCUGACGGUCUGGAAGCAAGGGAGACCUGCGAGCCCUGCUUUGAGAAAGUUUCUUUACCAAAGGCACAUAUAUAGAUAUAUUUGUAAAUAGAUACAGAGAAAGCUUAGGGGAAAAAAAAAAAAAGGAGCUCUUACUCUCCACCAUGGGUUUGCCUUUUGAUCAAGUGGAAGAACUGCGUCUCUACCAGCAAACUCUCCUUCAAGAUGGACUCAAAGACAUGUUGGACCACAAUAAGUUUCUGGACUGUGUCUUGAAAGUCAAGGGAAAGGAGUUUCCCUGCCAUCGGCUGGUGCUGGCAGCUUGCAGCCCCUAUUUCCGGGCAAUGUUCCUCUCGGACAUGGAAGAGAGCAAGAAGAGGGAGGUCAGCUUGGAAGACGUUGAUCCAGAUGUCAUGGGCAAGAUCCUCCAUUACAUCUACACCUCUGAGCUGGAGAUCACAGAGCAGAAUGUUCAGGACAUCUUCUCUGUGGCCAACAUGUUCCAGAUCCCCUCCAUCUUCACCGUCUGUGUGUCCUUCUUGCAGAAGCGCCUUUGCCUCAGCAACUGCUUGGCUAUCUUCAGGCUGGGCUUGAUGCUGGAUUGCGCCCGGCUGGCCGUGGCAGCUCGGGAUUUCAUCUGCGAUCGCUUCACACUGGUCUCCCGUGAUGAGGAAUUCUACCAGCUCUCACCCGAUGAGCUCAUCGCUAUCAUCUCCAGUGACUCCCUCAACAUUGAGAAGGAGGAAAAUGUCUUUGAAGUGGUGAUGAAAUGGGUGGGCGCCAAGGACCAGGAGAGCCGGAAGAAGGCCCUGCCUGUUGUCUUUGAGAGCAUUCGCUUCCGCCUCAUGCCCAAGGACUACAUCAAGGACCACGUGGAGAAGCAGGCUGUGGUGAAGUCCAGCCCAGAGCUGCUCAAGAAACUGCAGAUGGUGAAGGAUGCCCAGCAAGGCAAAUUCACUGUGGUGAAGAAGAAGAAAGUGAAGAAAAGCAAUGAAAAGCAAGCAAAAGGCAAUGUUGUCAAUGGAGCAGUAGAUGAGGAGGAAGAUACAGAGGAGGAUGUGCUUCCAGGGAUCUUAAAUGACACAAUGCGCUUUGGGAUGUUCCUCCAGGACCUCAUUUUCAUGGUGAGCGACAGUGGAGCAGUGGCCUAUGAUCCCACUGCCAACGAGUGCUAUUUUGCCUCCCUGUCUGCUCAAAUCCCAAAGAACCACGUCAGUCUGGUGACCAAAGAGAAUCAGAUCUUCAUUGUUGGAGGACUGUACUACAAUGAGGACAGCAAAGAGGAUCCCAUGAGUUCCUACUUCUUACAGUAUGACCACCUAGACUCAGACUGGCUGGGGAUGCCCCCCUUGCCCUCCCCUCGCUGCCUUUUUGGCCUGGGAGAGGCAGAAAACUCCAUUUUUGUGGUCGGAGGGAAGGAGCUGAAAGAGGGAGAGAAGACCUUGGAUUCGGUGCUGUGCUACGACCGCCUGUCCUUCAAGUGGGGUGAAGCCGAUUCCCUUCCCUACGCAGUCUACGGCCAUGCAGUGGUAUCACACAAGGACCUCGUCUACGUCAUUGGAGGCAAAGGAAGUGACAAGAAGUGCCUGAAGAAGAUGUGUGUCUACAACCCGAAUAAGUUUGAGUGGAAGGAGCUGGCUCCCAUGAAAACUGCCCGUUCCUUGUUUGGAGCCACUGUGCACAAAGACAAAAUCUACGUGGCAGCCGGCGUGACCGACUCUGGCUUGACCAACUCAGUGGAAGUGUACGACAUUGCCACCAACAAGUGGGACACCUUCCCCGAGUUCCCCCAGGAGCGCAGCUCGGUCAGCCUGGUGAGCCUGUCCGGGGUGCUCUACCUGCUCGGGGGCUUCGCCACGGUGGAGACGGAGUCGGGGGAGCUGGUGCCAACGGAGCUGAACGACGUCUGGAGAUACGAUGAAGAGCAGAAGAAGUGGGAAGGGGUCCUCCGGGAGAUCCAAUACGCCUCUGGUGCCACUUUCCUUCCCGUGCGCCUCAAUGUUCUGCGGCUAACGAAGAUGUAGCAUGAUUUCCAUUCUCCACUGGGCAGGGAGGGAUGGGGAGGGGUAGGAGAUGCAGUUUCUCUAGACACUGCGUAGGACAUCGUGUCUGUGAUUGGUACCAUUUUACUGAGUCAAAUGGGAGAGGGGGAAAAUCAACUUGAAGCCUUAUGGCAACUUGCCGACGCUUACAAGGUAACUGAAAAAGGACUUCAGAGCAUGCAAGGAGCUGGGGAAGACUAACAAACACAGAGCAACGCACUACUCCAGUCUCAGCCAGCAGAACAAAGAGAUUCUACUCUUGUUCCACUUUAUGUUUUUUUCCAAUCUUCUCCAGCCAUCAGUGCAGGCAGAAGGGGGUUCUGAAGGAACUAAGCUGAUGUUUUUCCAGACAAAAGGGUCUCUGUUUCCUCACCUAAGGGAGCUGCAGGUGUGGUGCUACAGAGCACCUCAGAGGUUAAAAGAAGGAAAGGGAAGGUGGUGCAGGUCAAACCUGGGGGACUAUGAGGAGUUCAAGUGGUGAAGGUCACGGGAUGAGAGAGUUAAAAGAAAAAAGGCACGUGAGCACUGGCAGCAGAAAUUCCUUGAACACUGCAAUGAAAAGGAGAAAGAACUAGUUCUUCAUCUCCAUCCUGACUUUGGACUGAAGAGACGCAGGGAGGUAAGGGCUGCAAGAGGGGAGGUGUCACGCUAGGGGUAUGACACUCACCUCCAUCCCUUUGGGCUCCUCGCGGUCAAUCACAGAUUACGAUGUCCUCACGUGUGGAGGGACAAGUGCUUUUCUUCAGGGAAAGGUUUUAUAUUUAUGCUGUCUUUCAUUUUUAUUGUUCCGAAUAUUUUUUUUUUAAACAGCAGUGCUCUUAAUUUGCAAAAUUCUUGGAGAUCUCAGCGGUGUUUGGCUCAAAGAGAGCUUCCUACUGAGAAAAAAAAUGCAUUGCGUUUUGUUUUGUUUUGUUUUCUAAGUUAUCGUGACGAUGUUUUGUUAUAAACACGGCUGUACCGGCAGCAGGACAGAGAUGUGUUAGACUAAAACUCUAACCAUGUCCAUGCUACCGGACCAGCGGUUCAUUUCGGAAUAAAACUUGAGAACAUUUCCCCCCAAAUUCCCUUUCUCUGAAUGUUGAUGGAGCUGUAAAUGGAUGUCCACAGCAACCAAAUGCAAGGACCCAGCAAAAGCUGUGAUGAGCACAUGGAGAAGGCCAAGCCCACGGGGAGCCCUGGCUUCUAGAGUUCUGAUUUUCCCCCAUUUCAGAGCAGGAGCUUUAGUGUUCAUGUCCUCAAAGCUUUUCUCUGUAGAUAUGAAGACUAGAAACUUAUCUAGGAAGAGAAAAGCCAGCUGGAUGCCUAUAUCAUCACACAGUGCAACAAAUGGGUGAUCGUAAUGAAAAAUACAAACCUUGUAAAUAAACACCCUCAAAGUAGCACGAAAAUUAUGAUAUCAGAAGUCUGGCUGAUUUGUCUAGCUCAAAAUGCAGCUUAAGAAAGUAAAACGAGUGUGGAAGUAAAGACAAUUUUCCAUGAUUAAAGGAGCCAAGUCUUGUCCUGCCUUCAUAGUCAGGAUUUUCUAAGAAGAGUUACAGGAUAAUCUCCU